AACGCGGGGUCUGGGGAUUACUAUAUACGUCAUCGAGAUCUGGAAGAAUUUUGCUUCUCAGGAAGACAAAAAAAUCAGUUUAAAAAUUGGGAGAAAAUGUCUACUCCCGCUAGGAGACGUUUAAUGAGGGAUUUUAAAAGGUUUUUCUAAUGAAUAUUGUUCAUUUUCGCUAUACUUUCAUAUGAAAUAAGAGACAUAUUACUUAUUUUCGUUCUUGUAAAUAUUUGGUAUUCGUUGUUGGCGGCCAUGUUUGUUUAUGUGUAAGUUACUAAGUGAAAAUCUUUCAUCGUUGUUUCCUUUUAGGUUACAAGAAGAUCCUCCAGCGGGAGUUAGUGGCGCCCCUUCAGAAAAUAAUAUUAUGAUAUGGAAUGCGGUUAUCUUUGGGUGAGUAAAAUAUAUUAUAUAUUAGAAAUUUGCUGAUAAAGUUGUUUCCUUUUAAAAUAAAUUAGUAUUUUAUAUUCUCAGAAUAAAUUGUCGGGAAAAAUUGUUAUUUACUGGAUGUAUCUUCUAUUAAAUUUUUAGACCUCAAGAUACUCCUUUUGAGGAUGGUAAGUAAAACAUUUGGAUUCUUAAUUGCUCAACCAAAACUAUGUUCAAAAUAUUUUUAAAAACUUUCAUUUCAUUCAUUAUUGUUUUCAUUUAGGUACAUUUAAACUUCAAAUAGAAUUUACAGAGGAAUAUCCCAACAAACCACCAACGGUUAGAUUUUUGUCCAGGAUGUUCCAUCCCAAUGGUAAGAAUGUGUAACUGUACAGUAUAUUUUAGGGACAAAGUAUCAAAUUGCAUCAUGACCUCAAAAUCACAUCUAUGUUGCAACUCAAAAUAGGAGUAUAUAAAUAUUGAGGACAUUUUUUCUUGAAACAAGAAUUAUUAAGUGUCAGUGAAAUAUCUAGUAUUUCAAAUAUAUAUGCCACCUUAUGGUCAAAAUGGAAUAUAUAAGACCAGCUUAUUCUUUGUUCACUAUCAUGUGACUUUUCAUCCAAAUGACGGGCAAUCAAACAACUUGUGGACGAUUUUUCUCCUAUCCGAACAUUGGUUUUAGCAAGAAAAACUGAACAGCAAUUUAUCUUUUGAGUCUUAACUGUCUCUAAACUCGGUCAAUACAUUAAAAUAGCCGUUUUUCGUUAUACCUGCCUGUCAACUGAAAUCCCAAAAUUACGUCAUUGUAAACAAAGAAUUUUAUGUAGCGAGAAAGCUUCGUGUUGAUAGGGAUGCAGGCUGCAGCUCAAGUCUUGAUGUAGCUACCUGAAAAAUACAUGCAGAACUUCUACGUUUUGAGCGAAGGCCCUUUACUGGAAAUUUACUGACAGACCUUCGCUCACUAAGGCCCGGUUUAGACGGCGAACUUUUCAUCCGCCGAAUCUAAUUGUCGUAGAUACGGCAAAAUAUCGGAAACUGAUUUAGACGUCAAACUUAAUUGUACCGUACCAAAUUGUGAGGACACUAUAUUGGACAUAUUUACAAUGCUAAUAUAUAUGAUAAUCAUAUUAUAAUGUUAAAACAUAAUUAUGCAUUAGGUUCGUCGCAUGAAAAGCAUGGCGUCUAAAUCAAUGUUGAACCUGUGUCGCAUAUACAACUUGUCUUGUCGCAUCUUCGAGUCAUGUUGAACUUAAUCAAAACCUGCCGAACUUAAUUGAUUUAGAUGCCGCCCCAGCAUCACACUUAAUUCUAAUGCAUUAGAUUUGGUGCAUGAAAAGUUCGCUGUCUAACUAAACUGGGCCUAAAGGGCCUUCACUUGAAAUGUCAAAGUUGUGCUUGUAGUUUUCAGGUAGUUGUUAUGAAUAUAUAAUUAUAUGUGUUUACAUUUUUAUGCUAGUAUAUGCAUGUUAUAAAGUCAUAUGUCCUUGUGAUCUGCUUGUUAACUCAUCUAAGUAUAUACCUUUGUUGUUGUUGUUUAAACUCUUUGUAUCACAGAAAAAUAGAUGUAAUCAUAACAGUAGUUUAGGGAUGAGCCAAUUAAUCGGUAAUCGGACGAUUAUUGCUUGACAAUCGGCAAAUAAUCGGCCAUAAGACUUUUUUCUGCAGCUGCCAAGCACAUGCUAAAAUACUGAAUACAAGCGAAUAGUUUUUCACUUUUUGUUGCAAAACCUGUGUCUCGAGUGAAGCUGGGAACAUUUCCACUGAAAAACGCAGCAGACUAGCUCCGCAUAGCUGACAAUAUCCAGACUUCUCAACUCUCACGCAUUCGGCGUGAGUCUCACACAAUUCGCUUCACUCUCACGCUCUCACGCCACGUUUAGUAAAUCUCACGCAUAUAGCAGUUUCAUAGUAUUUUUUCAAUAAAUAAAUAUAAUAUUGUAUUAUUAAAUGCACAUUAUUAAUCAUACAGAUCGCGAAUCGAAUAUAUAAUCGAGUGUUAUUGUUCCUGCAUAUACGGCCCGACAUUUUGGCUUUUGCCCACAAUAUGGAUACAAAAUAGUACGCAUAUGUAAGUACGGCGGACAAAAGGCAGAAUCAGUCGGAGCAGAAUUCUAUAUGUAAAUUAUCAAAGGCAAAUUUAAGCUCAUUACUGUAUGUCACAGAAAUACAGUUAUUGUAACUAAAGUGCCUUGUCUUAAAGGAAAUUAUGAAGCAAUGUAUUUCAUUAAAAACACCAACUCUCAUUAUUAAUGUACGAAAUGCCAUUUCAGGACCCCCGGACUUUUACAAAGGUGUCAUCCACAUCCCCAAUCUCACUCUUAACUUCUCUGCACCAAGGAAAAACAGUCUUUACUAAUGGGGCCACCUUGAAUAAGUAAAUCUUAUAUCCAUCUAUCUAGAAACCUUUUUACAUUUUAUACCAAAGUUGAUGUCAGUAAACCUGUAAGUAGGGGGGGGGGGGGGCUUUUUUUGGUACUCACACUCACUGUUUAACCCAUUAAACUGCAUGUGCAAUGUGACCCCAACUGUGCCCUACUUUAUUAUUUUACUCUGUGCAUCACUAGGCAAUUAUAUUUGUCAAGGGAAGAAUCUUGCACAUUAAUGGUUAACUACAGUAGACACAUGGGUAGAUAGUCUGAUUAACCCAUUGAACACCAGCACUCUCCCCUUGAUGAAUGUCUUGUGUUAGACAGAGUAAAGUAAUAACUAGGGGUUAAUGGUUAAUAUAUAUUAUGUUGUAUUUCUAGUUUAUGCAGAUGGUGGCAUUUGUCUAGAUAUUUUACAGAAUAGAUGGAGUCCCACAUAUGAUGUUUCUGCAAUACUAACAUCAAUACAGGUACUAGUUAUUAGAUAGUUUGUUCCAAGAUUUGAUCCAAUGAGAUAUCACUGCAGAAAAUUGUUGAGACAAGAAUUUUCUCAUGAAGUUCAACGCUGCAAAACACAAAGUUUGUUGCGAAAAUAUAAGAGAAAAGUAGGGAGAGACGGAUUUGGAUACCCUGCAAGCGCGCCAAUUUUACCGUCGGCUUUUUCCUACGGAGGCAACAAAUUUUCGCGCCAAUUUUUGCAAGUAACAUUCGAAAUGCUGCGAAUGUCCCAAGUCCGUCUCUCCCUAAUUUUCUCCUGAGACGGACUUGAACCAAGUCUACUUUGCCUGCGGUGGGCUUAAGAUAUAUGAAGAUACUCAUCAUAGAUUCGUCACUGGUAGUCACCGACAUGAUCCCCAGGAACUGGUGUACUGCGUCGUCCCUGCGACAGUUUCCGAUAUUCCUGACGCACUGGCGACAUAUCAUAAGCUCAAUAUAUCCCACAAUACAUCCCGAUGAUCUUGAUACGCGGAAAAGUACUGGCACUAAUUGUCAAAUAAAAAUCCAUUUUAUGAUUAAAACAACUGAAUAUCUCCUGUAAUAUACUUUAUUUCGAUUCCAUAUUUUUGUCAGAGCUAUAGUUCUCAUAACCAAAUAUAAUUACAAAAUUUCAACUAGUUUCAUAAAGAAUAACGAAAGAUAUAAUUGACUGAAUACAUCAAAAUGGAUUUCUAUUCGGACAACCCUUUCUGAGCGCUGAUUGGCUAAAAUACGAACAUGAGAUCACCUGGAUUGGGAAGUGGCAAGAAAUGUCAAAAUAAGGACAUUCAGGAUUUUGGCGGGAAUUCAUGCAUAACUGGUUCGUCGAUUUGUCGUCGCUCUAUCGGCAGUGGUCAGAGCUUUUCUGCGGGAAUAACUGCGGCUACAUCGCAGGGAUAUCACAUGUGAACUAGGCUGGUUUACAUUCUCAAUGUUUUGUAAGAAAGGCUUGAGGGAACAGAUUCAGUGUUAAACAGUGAGUCAGUUCUCUCAAGCAUUUCUUACAAAUCUUUCAAAACUUAGAAUUUACCCAUGCAAAAUUCCUACUGUGAUCACAGAAACUUUGAUAGUAUAAUGGGGCCUUAAAGGUGGCUUCAAAUUUCUAAAGCCAUGUUAUACUUUCAGUCUUUACUAGAUGAACCAAAUCCCAACAGUCCUGCGAACAGUUUAGCAGCUCAACUUUAUCAAGAAAACAGACGAGAAUAUGAAAAAAAAGUGAAUGCAAUAGUUGAACAGAGCUGGCUUAAUUCUUGACAACGUUUCAACAGACGUUUGUGUGCAGGCCUGCCGAAUAUAUUCCAUACAUGUGGAAAUCAAUAUUGAAACAUACGGAGCAUAAUUUCCAUUGUAAAAUUGUAUAAUAUCCAGACAUUUUAUGAAUUAUUUUGAGCACAUGUGGAAAAACGUAGAUAGAAAUCUUGUUAACAUUUGUCCAAGUAUAUUAUCUUGUAGUGUAAUAUAUUGUUUCACUAGUUUUGUUAGUACGACGCUACUCUGCUGGACAUUGUGCGUGUUAAACCAGUGAGCUCUGUAUGUAUCUGGAGUGGGAACUUGAGUGAUUCGCCCAAUGAGAAAAGUAAGAUGCGGGACAUCGACGUCCAAUAGCUAUGAAGGUCGUAAACAGCUUUAAUACCAUUUUCCAGCUAAUACACGAAUCGCGAAAUUCGGGCAAAAAUCACAGUUAAAGAAAAACAUGUAGCUGUGACUGAUUUAAAAUAUGCGUAUUUAAGUCUUGAAAUGUUCACUUGUGCAUUCAUGAUUACAUAUUACUACAAUACAACACGAAUGCAUGACUGAAUAUUUGAAUAUUUUAAUACGCAUAUUUUAAAUCAUCCAGCCACAGCUACAUGUUUUCUUUUGAAUUCGGGCUUUGCCCGACUUAGAACGCGUCAUUUGGAUGCGCUAUCGAAUAUCGCGAUUCGUGUAUUCCAGUUUUAUCUAACGGACCGUAUCGGACAAGUUAUCAGUUUAUAAAACCAUAGUAUUAUUCGAUGUCAAAAUACGAAAUUUAACCGCGAACAAUAGAAAAACAAUGGACUGGAACUGACGUCCAGUAGUUCUUCAAUUUCCGCCAUAUUGGCUUCACUUUUUGGAUUUGAGUUCUCGCUCCAGUAUAUAUGGAGCUCAGUGGUUUAAAUAUGCCUGCAGACUAUCAGGGUUCGUACCAUAGAGAUUAUAAAUAACACUAGAGGAGGCAUCGCAAUCUUGACAUCGGGCAAAGAAAAUGAAUGCGGCUAUUGGGGGGCAAAUUCAAGUCCCGGAUGUGUACUCGUAUUUCCAUUGUUGAGGAGUUUCAAUUUAGCCAAUGAGAGCAUGAUUUUAUAUCUGGGACCUAAACUUGCUCCCAAUUAGCCGCGUUCCCAAAUUUUAAUAUCGAUGCCUCCUCUAAAGUUAUAUAUAAUCUCUAUGGUUCGUACAUGUUUUUGCGUACAUGUCAGGAAAAGUUUCAAAGUCAUGUGUUGGGAAAUUCCAGGGCUGAAAAGAAGGCGUUAAAAGAAGUUACUCUGACGUUAAACUGUUCAAAUGGAAACUGAAUUGUCAAACAGCUUUGUAAGACAUGAACAAAGUCAGUUGAACAAAAUGUCCCUUCAAUUUAGUAAUGUGGAACAACUUUCAGAAAAUAUUCAUCUAAACUAAAGCAAGACUUCGACUACUUUCAGUACUUCUUCAUAAGUUAAAACGUCCAAGUUUUGUAUGAAUCAUGGGCGCUUUUCAUUUAAUGGCCUGACCGGUUGGACCC